CUUUAUCAGACUGCAGACUUUGAGAGUGUACAGGCAUCACGUCCAUCAGAGGGGGAAAAGGGAGCCUUGAAGUGUAAUUCCUGACUCUACCUGGUUGGAAGAGCAAUCACCGAAACAUCACCAUGUCAGGUGCAAAUGCCACAGAGAAUACCACAUCAUACGAUUACAGCUCUUACAAUUAUGGCAACAUAGAUGGCUUCUCUCCUGACGACAUAACCGAUGUGAAGGACUUCAGCCAAGUGUUUCUGACAUUUCUCUACAGUUUGGUUUUCAUCCUGGGCUUCAUAGGUAAUGGACUAGUGGUGUGUGUCCUGGUGAAGCACCGCAACCAGAGCAACUUGACAGACAUCUGCCUCUUCAACCUGGCUCUCUCCGACCUCCUCUUCAUCUUCACGCUGCCUUUCUACACUCACUAUGCCAGGGUCAGCCAGUGGAUAUUUGGAGGCUUCAUGUGCCGUUUAAUCUCCGGCUCUCACCAGACUGGCUUCUUCAGCAGUAUCUUCUUCAUGGUCGCCAUGACAAUGGACCGCUACAUGAUCAUCGUGCACGCUCACAGGGUUACACGUUAUCGCACGAUGAGGGCAGCCAUCACUCUGACCGUGCUCGUUUGGAUGCUGAGCUUGUUUGUGUCUCUGCCGGAUUUUAUCUUCACAGAAGCAAUGACAAAUGAUUCAGAGUCCCACGGGUUCGAGUGUGACUAUCCCCAGGAGAGCAAAGUCUGGGAGCGCUAUGACCUGUUCACCAUAAAUGUGCUGGGUCUCGUGAUUCCAUUGUUGGUGAUGGUAGGUUGCUACUCCAGGAUCAUCCCCACGCUGGUGACCAUGAGGACCACAAAGAAGCACCGCAUAGUCAAGCUGAUCAUCUGUAUAGUGGUUGUAUUUUUCUUGCUCUGGGCCCCAUACAACAUUUCCCGUUUCUUGAAGUUUCUUCAGGAAGAAAACAAAAUCCCACGCAAUAAAAUCUGGGACCAAAACUUAAGGAUGUCAAUAACAGUGACCGAGGCUUUUGCUUAUACUCACUGCUGCCUGAAUCCCAUCAUAUACGCUUUUGUGGGACAGAAGUUCACGAGAAGAGCCUUGCAGCUGCUGAAAAGGUUGGUGCCUGGUUACACCAGAGAUUUGUCCGACAGCUCAUUCAGGAGAAGCUCGGUUAUGUCCAGGUCCUCUGAAGUCACCUCCAGUAUUAAACUGUAGAACGUGGAGGGCAGUUGUAAUUAGUUUGGCAUCAAUGUUUCACCCUGUUACUGCAGACCAUGUCUUUUUCUUUUUGCAGUG